AUGGCUGAGAGUAACAUGGAAUAUGUCCGCCUUGGAAACUCGGGUCUAAAGAUCUCCAAGAUUAUCCUGGGAACCAUGGGAUAUGGUAGCAAGCAAUGGCAAGAUUGGGUUCUGGACGAGGAAGACUCAUUGCCUCUGAUCGAAUAUGCCUACAAGCAGGGCAUCAACACCUGGGAUACGGCAGAUGUCUACUCACACGGAAAAUCAGAGGAAAUCGUCGGAAAAGCUCUCAAAAAGUACAACAUCCCUCGCAACCGGGUAGUGAUUCUGACCAAGUGCUUCUACGGCGUUGACGACGAGGGCAAUUUCCCACCCAUUGCUGCAUCCGCAAAGAACGAUGGCCCCUUUGUCAACCGCACCGGCUUAUCGCGUAAGCACAUCUUCGAUGCCGUCGAUGCCAGCGUUGAACGUCUAGGCACCUAUAUCGACGUGCUGCAGAUCCACCGACUGGAUCGAGGAACGCCACGCGAGGAGAUCAUGAAGGCCCUGAACGAUGUUAUUGAGAGUGGAAAGGUCCGGUACAUUGGUGCCAGCUCGAUGGCGGCCUGGGAGUUCCAAGCUCUGCAAAACAUCGCCGAGCGCAAUGGCUGGCACAAAUUCAUCUGCAUUCAGAAUUUCCACAACCUGAUCUUCCGUGAAGAAGAGCGCGAGAUGAUCCCCUACUGCCAGGACUCAGGAGUCGGAAUCAUCCCAUGGUCACCAAUUGCCCGUGGCGCCCUGGCGCGUCCUUGGGGCUCGCGCGAGACAGUGCGCGAGAACAGCGACGGCGCCCUGAAGAUGUUUGUUCGUAGCCGCGAGUCUGAGGCUGACAAAGCCAUCAUCGAUCGGGUUGAGGAAGUCGCUAAUAAGAAGGGUGUGAGCAUGGCUCAGGUUGCUGUCGCCUGGUCUUUGACUCACCCCAGUGUGAACCCGAUUGUUGGACUGCACAGUAUUAAGCGCAUUGAUGAGGCUGUUGCUGCUACUAAGGUCCAGCUGUCGGCCGAGGAGAUUAAGUAUCUGGAGGAGCCGUAUGUUCCCAAGGCUGUUACUGCUCUUGAGCGGUAA